AUGCUACAGCCUGUUAUCCAGAUUAUCAACAAUGAACAAGUUAAAAACAUAUUAUUAGUGACAGAAUUCACGUUAUAUAUCUUAUCUCAGAAUGAAGAAACCCAAAAGAUUUCCAUAAUUUCAUCACAUCCUCUUAUCACACUAAAAUCAGGCUCAAGACCAACUGAAACAACAAUUGUUUUGAAUUUUUCUAAGGAAACACUAACAUUUUUAUGUGACAAAAAUGAUUUUAUCUUAGAGACAAUUGAAAUUGACCUUCGUUGGCUACUUAUUCCAAGAGAAUUACCACAUCUUAAAACAAAACUCGGUCCUGAUUCUCCAUCUAAGGAUAAAUACCUAAACCUCGUCGAUAGAUACAGGGCUCGAAUGUUUUGGCGUGGAAGACCUGCUUCAAAAGCAGAAAUCGAAGUUCUACGAAAAUAUUCAAGUAACAAACCAAAAGAACUCCGAAUAUCCUUUAUCACUGAUAAUGGGUUAUCACUAUCUUCAAUUUUGCUCUCUAUUGAAAUAGAAGUAGGAAUUGAUACUUUAAUUAUUGAUAAUGUACUUGAUCAAUCAAAGUGGGAGAUAGUAUCUCAGUUUCUAUCGAAAAAUUCUACCAUUCAGACUAUUAUAUUCCAAGCAGAUAUUGGAGAUGAUACGUUUCAAUCGUUGAUUUCCUCUGUUUUAGCAAAUAAGAGACUCUACAUCAAAAACAUUAUUUUAAUUUCGAUAACUAUUACUACCUCUAUGCUCCAAUCUUUAUCAAUGUAUUUGUCAGGAAAAACUCUUGAUUCUAUUUCAAUAAUUAAGUGUAGAUUCGUUAAAGACUUUGCUGAAUUCAUUGAAACUAUAUCAGAGCAUGGAAGAAAUAUUACGAAAGUGAAGCUACAAAGUAUAAAUUUACAAAAUCGAAAUUUAUUUAUAGGAAGUUUUACUCAAGUUACGCAAUUCUAUCUCAAAAGAUGUGGUAUUGAAAUAUCGAGCUUCAUUCAGACCCUUUCUUUGUUCAGUAGGACUCAUAUUGAAUACGUAGAUUUAUCUUAUAACAAUGCGAUGGAAACUAUUAGUGAUAGAUGCAUUUUACCAUUUUCUAUAUCAACAAUUGUUGCAGAGAAUGUUGAUUGGAAGAACAAUAACCUGUUUAACAUGUUAAAAAUUGCAACUCAAGCUCCAUCAAAGAUUUCUUUACAUGUUGGCGAUGCAGAACUAACUGAAAAUGAUUGGAAUGAAUUAUUCAGUAACCUUAGUCAGCUGAAUCCUUCUAGAUUGGUUUGUUUGAACUGGAGAAAUAAUCCAAUCCAACAACCAUUCGCUGAUUUCAUUGAAAGGAUGCCAUCAUUGGCAUUUUUAUCCAUUGCAGGAUGUCCCAAUAUACAACAAACUAACUUAAUUGAUGUAAUUUGUCAGCAUCCACUAAUUCAGUUGUUAGAUAUUCAUGGAACAAAUCAAAUGAAGUUAGGGCCGACUAGUGGACAAAUUCUACUUAAGUUAAAGAACGCAAAAGCCUUAAGAAGAUUUGAUAUCUCAAAUAAUUAUCUCGGAUCUCCACUUUUAUCGAAUGUUCUGAAGAUAUUUGGAACUAUUAAGAACUUACGUUGUAUAUUACUUGAUAAAAAUGAUCAAAAAGACAUUUCUUCCUAUGAAGAUAUAAUUAAUUUCUUAAAUUCAAGGAAGGAAGUUGUUAUUCAGUAUCCAAGUAAUGAUAUUAAGACAUUGAUGGAUCUCAAUCUUCUUACAGAAUCGAAAUUAAAUAAAACUAGAUCAUUUUUCAAAAAAUCUUCCUCUAUGGGAAACAGAUGCCCUUAUGCAAGUGAUUGGGAACGAAUGAUUGAAGGAAACUACGUUGAAAAUGAGGUUGUUGAGGAAUUUAUUGAAGAUCCAACUUCUUCUGACUCAGAAAAUGGAAAUCCAUCUGAAGAAGCGUCAUCACAACCUGAUACUGAUACAGAACCACCACCAUCUGCCCAUUCUUCAUAUGCAAAUAGAUGGUCUAUGGAUUUCAUCGAACUUCCUCAUAAUAAUAACGACGAAAUCAUGAAAAUAUUAUCAGACAGAUAUAAUAUUGACUACCUUUGUCAAACUCUUAACUAUGCUUAG